AUGGCACCGAGAAACAUCCCCCGCACUGGGAGCCAGUAUCACUCAGGAAGUGUCCUGAAGUAUGGACAGUUUGGAGGGAAGCCCUGAUUUGAACCUCUGAGUUACAAACAGAGCUGUGUAACAGACCACGUUUGCCCUGAAGAAGAGAAGAACUUUCAAUGUGCUAAUAGAGUCUGCAUCAAACAAAGAUUGGUGUGUAACACAGACAAUGACUGUAGAGAUUUCUCUGAUGAAGCUAACUGUAAUGACACUAAAUGCCGCCCUCUCUGUCGUGGUCGCAUUGUUGGCAUAUCAAAAAUUGGGGGGGAAGCUGAUCUAAACAUUCUAUACCUGAAAGGAACCAUAGAAGUGGGAACAUACAUAAUGCGAAACCGUGAGAUACGGCUAACUAACACAUUCCUUGAGGAUUUAAAACAUCUGCCCAACAACUACAACAUGAGAGAAUAUUUUAGAUUUCUGGAAACACAAGGGACUCGUUAUGUAGAAAAGGGAAAGGUUGGAGGAAUAUAUGAACAUGCGCUGGACAAGAGGAAUAUGAGAGAGAAAGCUGUAGAUUUACAAGCAUGUGUACAUAAGGACAACUUGGGAUUUAUUUGUGAUGAGCAGACUUUACACACUCACCACCCCUCAAACAACUCAUCUGGACAAGCCAUUAUCCACAGUGCAAUCCCUCAAAUUCAAUGAGGGACAAGCGUUGUUUUAGCACAGCUGGAGGGAAAGUUGUCAAGAGGUGCCAAACUGGUCAAUGCAAAGGACUUCACAUGGUGGACUACUACUCUUGCCAAUGCUCUGGCUCUCAUAGACUAUAAACCAUAUCCAAUCUCUACUUUCGUACCUGUGAAAAAUGCCCGCAUAAAGAAACAAAAUCUGGAGCAAGCCGUGGAGGACUAUGUUGCUGAAUACAAUGUGUGCAAAUUACAGCUCUGCCAAAAUGGAGAGACGAUACUGGUGAAUGGAGAGUGCGUUUGUGCAUGUUCACCCUUUUUUAAAGGAAUGGCCUGUCAGAUACCCAAAUCUAAUCUUCAUACAAGACAGACAUUCACUGAUGGAGACUGGAGCUGCUGGUCUAGCUGGUCCCCUUGUGUGCAAGGAGAAUGCACUCGGACAUGGGAAUGUAAUCAUCCGGCACCAAAUUGAGGCAGGCAGUGUGAAGGCACAGCUGUAGAAAAAGGACGCUGCAUCUAG